UCCAGAAAACCGCAAUUGAAGCAUCCAAGUUAGACGCAGCUCAAUCAAGAUUGGAUCCAUUUGUAGAGAAUCUGAAAGAGCAGAAUAUAGAAUUGGAGCCAUUGGUUGUAAAUGCCACAUUACAUGCAUAUAAACUGCAGAGACAAGCCAAUUUAUUGGAUGAUUUAAUUGCCGAUACUCGUGAACUAGGUGAUAAGGCUGUGGCAGCAGCAACAGCCUAUAAGAACAUAGCAUCAGCAAUAGAUGAUGCAUGGGAAGCUGCUCAGGAUGCAAAAGAAGCUGCUGAAAGUGCUGAUGAAAAGUCUAAUGGUCAAUCAGCCAGAGCUAAAGAUUCAAAGAAGAAAAGUAAACAAUUACAGAAAACAGCUAAAGAAUCAAAAGAUAAAGUAGAAGGAGAUUUACAAGAGAGAUUGGAUAAUGCCAAGAAAGAUGUAGAGGAAAUUGAUCAACUCAAUACUGAAACUGAAGAAGAACUGAGAAAACUAAAACAAGAAAUUGAUGCAAUACCAUCAGAUGAUCUUAGCGCGAGAGCUGAAGAUGCAAUGGACACUGCUGACAGUGCCCAAAACAAAGCCCAGGAAGCACUAGACUCAAUCUAUUCCAUUGGUCAAACUUUGCCUGAUAAGAAAUUAUUAGUUGCUGAGAUUCCACAGAAAAUUGAUGAUAUUAAUCGUGCUAUGGACAGAGCUGCAUCUAGACUGAGAAAACUUAACGAAAUGGUUCCACAAGCCCAGGACUUGCUGAAUGACAUGAGUGCUCAGAAAGAUAAGAUGAAAGACUUAGGAAUGAAAGCGUUAUCAAAUCUCACAGAAUUACAAGAUAAAAUAGAAAGGGCACAGGAUCAGGCAAAUAGGAUUGAGGUUGCCAUGGGUUUCCGUAAAACAACUACAGUUAGAUUACGAUCUGUUCCUAAUAAUGAAGAUGCUUCAGCUUCUUCCUCUAUCUCGCUGUUUUUCAAGACAAAAGAGAACAAUGGAUUCUUGGCAUUCCUCGGUGGACAAGGUGGUGGGGAUGACUACAUGGCUUUGGAAAUUGUUGAUGGCAAUGUUGUAUUCUAUUAUGAUUUAGGAUCAGGGUUUGCUGAAAUUAAAAGUAAUAAGAAAGUAGCAGAUGAUGUCUGGCAUCAAGCAGUAGGCGAAAGGGUUGGAAUGUCUGGUACACUGACUAUAAAGACAGACAAAGAAAAUGAUGAUGAAACCACAGGUCGAUCUCCACCUUCGUUCUCAGUUUUCGAUCUAACAGCAUCUGCACAAUUCUUUGUUGGAGGUGUGCCACAGGAAUUUGGGCUUCCAGCGAAUAUUAAAAUUAGCAGAUUUAUUGGGUGUAUAGAUGAUUUGAAGUUUAUGGGCUUGGCGAUUGGUUUGUGGAACUUUGCUGAAGCUGUCAAUGCUGAUAGGGGAUGCAAAGAAAGAUCUGUACUUCAAGCUCCACCAGAGAAUAUUUUCACAUUGAAUGGUGGUGACAGUUAUGUUAUAUUACCAAAAGGUAAUAUCAAUAUCUAUCAGCGCACAGAAAUCUCUUUUCAAAUGAAGACAUUUGCAGACACUGGAUUAUUAUUCUUUGCUGGCAAAGGGACUGACUUUAUAUCUGUGGAGCUGCGAAAUGGCCACGUUUUAUUCCAGUAUGAUUUUGGAAGUGGGGUUGCUGAGAUUAUGUCAGCUGAGAAAUGCAAUAGUGGUAACUGGACCAGAGUUACUGCACAGAGAAACAAACAGGCAGGCUCCCUUACUAUAAACAAAAAUGAUGCUGUUCGUGGGACAUCACCUGGUAAUCAUCAUGGUUUAGAAACCAGUGAUGUGUUAUAUUUAGGUGGAGUUAAAGGGAUUAAGGUCCCUAGUGCAGUGACAUCUGUGUCAUAUAUGGGUUGCUUGAAGGAUGUACUUGUGCAACGAAAGGCUUGGGAUGAUUUAUACGUCAACGAAGGAUCCAAAGGACUCUACUCUGGAUGCCAAGAUAGGGCUGCAAGAACUGCUGCAUUUACUCGUACUGAUAGCUACAUUGCUAUGCCAGGAGUUAACAUCAAUCGAAAUUCUGAUAUCUCCCUUCGAUUCAAAACUCAACAACCGAGUGGAUUAAUGGUCUUUGCUACUAAUGAUGAUCAGAGUAAUUCAUUCUCUAUCGCAAUGGUUGAUGGGGGUGUUGUUGUCCAGACUGAUGUUAGUAAUGACAUAUCUACAGUAGAGAGUAAUAAGAAACGCUACGAUGAUGGAGAGUGGCAUUUUGUAAACUUUGAGAAAAAAGGAACUGGCCUUUCACUAGUUAUUGAUGACACUGAUACUAAAGAAGUUGAUGGAACGGGGAAGAAAAAAACCACAACCAGCAGUCCAAUAUAUUUUGGUGGAACACCAUCUGGUUACGAUAUUACAAGUCAAGUUCCAACGAGAGAUGAAUUCAUCGGAUGUAUUUCUGAUGUCAGUAUCAAUUCAAGACUUCAAGAUUUUGCUCAAAGCGAAAGUGCUGAAGAUGUUUCACUUGCUGGAUGUCCGCUUGGAGCUGAUGAAGAUACAUUUGCUGCUAUCGUAGCAAGUCCAGUGACUGCCAGUCCAAUUCAGAAUGAAAAAAUCACCACAACACAAUCAACAGUUGAUAAAGUAGCUGGAUGUGCUUUACCACUAAGACCAUCUGUCAAUGAAGCUGAUUCAGAAGAUGGCAUCAAAUUUGGUGAUGUAGUAGAAAGUAGAUUUGAAUAUGAUGCAUUGGCUGAUAAACUUGAUAAUAAAAGAUCUGUGUUUUAUAUAUCCUUCAAAACCUCUGCCAGCCAUGGAUUGAUAUUCUAUGCUGCUGAUGACAGACAAAUUGAUUUCAUUUCCCUUUACAUGUUUGACGGGGGUGUUGUUUAUUCAUUCAACUGUGGCACAGGGACAUUGAUUCUGCAAAGUCCAUUGAAAUACAACGAUGGUAAUUGGCAUACUGUGAAAUUUUUAAGAGAGCAACAGCAAGGAACAUUAGAAAUUGAUGGCGUGCAGGUUGCAAGGGGGGAAGCAGGAGGUGCUGCACGAAAGAUCACUGUGACACCACCUUUUUAUGUUGGUGGUAUACCUGAUACAAUGAGUGCCAAAAAUGUCCAU